AUGCUAAAAGGAAAACGUAAAAGCUAUCCUGUAAAUCUAAAACUCGAUACAAUUGAAUAUGCAAAAAAAACAAAUAAUCAUGCUGCAGCACGGUUCUUUAACGUCGAUUAUACUCAAAUCAGCAGGUGGCGAGUGAAAGAAGAGGAGUUCAAAAAUGCAAGGAAAACAAGUCACAGAAUAGGAUCCGGUGCUUCGUCAUUAUAUCCACUUGCUGAAAAUUCAUUGAAAGAGUGGAUAUUUAAGUUAUCAUACUCUAAUACUCUUAAUAUCUUUAAAGCAUCAGACCCAUGGCUUAAUCUUUUUAUGAAUCGGUUUAACCUUUCCCUUCGCAGAUGCACAAAAACCUUCCAAAAACUUCCUAAAGACUUACAUGAAAAAGUUACUGAGUUUCAUGGUUUUAUUAAUGAAUUAAGAAUAAAUAAUAAUUUUGAACUUAACUGUAUUGCUAACAUGGAUGAAACUUCCGUUUACUUUGAUAUGGUUGGUGCUUAUACAAUUAAUGAUCGAGUUUUAGCGGAUGGAUCAAAGCUCCCUCUGAAGAUUAUUUUCAAAGGAAAAAGAGUGCCUAGAGGCCAAUAUCCCCCUGGAAUAGUUAUUAGAAUACAAAAGAAUGGGUGGAUGGAUGAAGAGUUGAUGAAAGAAUGGUUAGAAGCAGUUUGGAAGCAAAGACCUG